AUGGGCGGCGCGACUGCGGUUCUAGGCGUGGAAGUCUGCGCGCCGCUGCUCAUGCUGUGCUGGCUCUGCUGCUGGCCAGAUGACGGCAAUUCAGACACUAGCUCCGGAAAACACCCCAAAAAACCAGUGAUUACUAAUGAAUCAGGUCGGCGUCGCUCCAGUGACCUAUUUGGACGUCGUUUUGGCAGCAGCGCAGUGUCCUUGCACCUUCCCAGUACAUCAGGUUUCAAAAAGCAGCCCCUGUCAGCUCACAGAAGUCACGAAGAAAUUCGCAGCCGUCGCAAGUCACAUCACGAGAACCGAGUGGAUGACGCUCGUUACCACUCAGCCCCCAGCAUCAUUGACGAGGUCGUACACAGAAGGGACUGGGAGAGGUCUACUAAAGAUUUACAUAUACCACUUAAUCCUGAUUCUGCAUUUAGUUCCAACACAUUAACUCCAUAUUAUGAACAAACUGUGAACGAAGGUCAUGUUACACAUUCUGAACAAAAGAGCGAUGAAGAAAUAAUUGGAAGGCCUUGUAAAAAACAUUAUACUAAUAUCAAAACCUCUCGCAACAAGAAAAAUGUAGCGCCAGAAACCUCGCACAAAGAAUUAACCGCUGAUGAUAUAAAAGAUGAAGACGUUUCUGAACUAACUUCCAAUGUGUCCAAUUUCUACAUCGGUGAUUCAUCUUGUAUGCUUAAUAAAGAAAAUAUAAGUGGUGAUAAAGAAAGCAACGCAAAAGAAAGGAAACAAUUUAAAGGCAAAGACGUAAAACAAUCACUAAACGAGUCAAUCAAAUUUAGGGAUCGACCAAGGAACAUUUUGGGUCCUUUAACUGAGUUUCAAGUUUCAGGAGUGUUUGAGAUGGAAGUUCCGCCAGACAUAGAUCGGUCCGGUGCAGUACAUCAUUUUGAAGAAAGGUCAAAUUACUGUGACUCACCUUCGAUUCCUUAUUCACCACUUCCAAUAGAUGCGACAGUGUCUCCACUAGCGCCACUGGCGGCGGGCACUGGCGGGGGUGCGGGGGAUGAAGGGGCGGGGCCGCGGCGGCGGCUGCGCGGGCGCCACGCCAGCGCCGGCGACGUGCUGGCGCCGGCGCUGCGCCCGCACUCCGCUGCACUCUCCGAAAGUGACCUGGACUUUGAGCUGGAAUGUUGCGACGAGCCACCCCCGGCCUACGACGAGCUGCAGAUGUUGGCCAUCUCUCAGAGAAAGGAAACUGCUAUAUAA